AUGUCCUCCAAGAGAGAUAAUAAUAUAGAGCCAGAGUACAUUCGGAGUGGUUCAAUAAGCUACUACACUUCACUUGUGUUGAUGAGUAAAGGAGUGUCAAUGGAGAUGGAACGUAUCCUUACAAUCUUCACAGCCAUCGAUUUUUCAGGAAAUCAACACCAUGGACCUAUUCCUGAUUCUGUUGGUCUGUUGAAGGAGCUUCGUAUUCUCAACAUGUCUAACAAUGCUUUCACGGGCCACAUCCCAUCUUCUUUGGCAAACUUGACGAAUCUCGAGUCACUAGACCUAUCCCAAAACAAGAUUUCUGGUGAGAUUCCUUCUGAGCUUGGGGCACUCUCUUCUCUCGCAUGGAUAAACGUUUCAUAUAACCAGCUUGUAGGUUCCAUACCACAAGGCACACAAUUUCAACGACAAAAUUGCUCCUCCUAUGAAGGAAACCCCGGACUUAAUGGUCCUUCCCUUAAAGAUGUCUGUGUUGAUAUCAAAGCGCCAGCACCACCACAACCCGAACUGAUGGAGACAAAAGAAGAAGAAGAAGAAUCAUUGAGUUGGGUAGCAGCAGGUUUUGGCUUUGGACCUGGAGUUGUAUUUGGGCUAGCGAUGGGAUACAUAACGGCUUCGUACAAGCAUGAGUGGUUCAUGAAGAUUUUUGGCCGGAGCAAGCAACAUAGCACCAGAACUCGUUAA